CAACCAGCAGGCGUCACCAGGAGCGACCGCAGGUGCUGGACAGUGGCAGCCGUUUCCAUGGCAACCCGGAUGCAUAUGCUUUCUCAGCCCAAACCCAAUCGACUGAGACAUCCGGACCGUCGUUCUGUUUACUGGCUGGAUGAGCUGCCUCGUGAGAGGACUGGAUCCACCACCAAAAUUGAGUUAACCCCUCGCUGGCUGGAGCUCUGUAGAAGUAAAAAGCUCUACUCUCCAGUAACUUACCUUUACCUCUUUCCAUGUCCUCUCUUGUUUAUGCUCUCCUUUCCCCUCUUCCGCUUCUCUUUCCUUUCUUCUCAUCUACACCCCACUCUGCCCGCCUCUUUUCCCCUUCCCAGACUUUCUCCCAUUUGGGAGGUGGGUGAAUGGGCUCUCAGAGCCGUUCCAUCCAAGCAGCUGUGUAACCUGGCUCAACCGCGGGUUCCUGCAGCUGGCUGGCAGCCAGACCGCACACUGCUGGCCCCUUUGAGCAGAGCGACACAGACGGCAGUCGCCACCUCACGGAUUUGCCAGCUUGCCCAGCCAAAGAGAAGGCAGGUUCGUGAGGACUCUGGUCACAAAUCAAAGCCUGUGCCCGUGAACCACUUGCCAUGCAAAGCAUCGGCACACUUGGAGCUUCUGUCCACCCCUAAGCAUGACCACCCCAAGUUUGAAGGAGAGCGCUCGGUGUGCUGGCCCGUCUCCCGAGCAGCCAGAAGCCACGUAGCCAGCCAGAGACUUCUUGAGCUGUCCGGUCCUAAAGAGAGGAAGGCUCUGUUGGAGGGAUAUGAUCCAUAUGUCGUUAGUCGGGCAGCACGCUCUGCCAGCCCCUCGCCCCGGAUACAACAACUCUGUUUGCCUCUGCCUCGCAAAUGUUGCUCAAAGUAGGAGGGAUGAUGUCAAAUGUCUGGUACCCAGGGAGGUGCUGAUUGUUCUCCUUUUUACUGGUCCAAGAGUUUUACUGUGACAAAGUUUUUUGUUCCAUGUAAAAUAAUGACAAAGGCCUAUUAUUUGCUGUUAUGUGAAUGUACAAAUGACAAAAAUCGUACAGCAGCACCCCACUGUUUAUGAUCUUCUUUACUUGCUACCCUGGUUUCACGUGACCUACUGAAAACUACAGUUUUCUCUUCUGCCCCACAAUGGCUAAGAGCAACCCUUCCGUUCUUUAGUGGCGUCUUGAAACAACAACUUGCUGGGACACUUUUUUAGAAGGAGGCUGAUGCUAAAUCAAGAUACGAAGCUGGUUAGAGUAGCGCUGGUUUUGAUACCAUCGACCAAAGGCUGGUGAUUGCCCUCACGAAUGCAUUACGCACGCCCGUGCGUGUACAAUGCAUUUUUAAUAGCUACCAUUGCCCUUAUGUGCGCCAUCAGUACUAAUGAACAAGACAACUUGCGUAAUUGCGGGAACGUCAUAGUUUGAUCAUGAAAUAAAACAAGCUGUUAGGGGGAUAUUGUGAACUGCAGCUAAAAUUGCUUUGAGACAUCCUGUAGCCACAUCCGUCACUUCUUAAUUGUUUUUCUUGAUUAUUGUUAACAUGAGGCAGGCAGCCAAUGAAUCUGUUAAAUCAUUACAGUUAAAAAUUAAAAUAUAAAUAACACACAUUUUAAAAGGUUGAAUGAAACAAGGGG